GCCCCAGGCGAGACGGCAGCUGAGCUGGAGGAUGCAAGCGGGAGGCGGAGGGGGUGGUGGGAGAGCGGAGCGCGAAACUCUCGGCUUCCCGAGGAUCUUCUGGGCUUACUUGUCCCCAGCUUUGUCCCAAAGUGUCGCUUCCGGAGGCGGAGUGGCCGGCGGUUUCCGGGUCUCAGUAGGGUCUGGAUCUCCCACCGGGAAACCUAGAGGAGUUUCCCGUUCUCCGUGCGCGUGGCCCUCCCCAGGCCCCUCCGGGAGUGCUGGCGCGCGCAUGCAGGGGUGCCCCGGGAACGUCGUGACCCCAAGGGGGUCUUGUGGUUUAAGGACCGAACGGAACCGGCCGGGCGAUGCCAGCUGAACCCGCCUUCCCGGGACGCACGUGCAUCCGGCCGCCCGGCGCUGUCCUCUUGGGGAGCCCGCGGGUUCGGGUCUGGGUCGCCUGGCGAGCUUUCUGCCGAGCGCCUCUGAGUUCUACAGAGCCCCGACGGCUUGCGAUCUGCGUUCCCGGCGGUCCCUUACCUUGCAGGAGAGGGCUCCAGGGCGAGGCGAGGGGCUAAAAGCAAGGCGCUGGGCCGCCUGCGUCUGCCGGGGCCUCGGGUCCACGGCUUUCUGGAAGAUUCGGCGGCGGAGCGUGCGCGCCCCAGGCCAGACAGGGCCUGUGCCAGACGGAGAGUCCCUUCCCGCAGGUGACUCCCGCGACCCGCGGAGGAAGGUGCUGCUCCGCUCACGGCGGCGGCUUCUUACAAGGAUCCCACGACAGAUUCCGUUGUCGCUGUCUCCUUACAGAGUUUGAACAGUGCUGAACUGUCAGCACCAUCUGUCCGGUCCCAGCAUGCCUUCUGAGACCCCCCAGGCGGAAGUGGGGCCCGCAGGCUGCCCCCACCGCUCAGGGCCACACUCAGCGAAGGGGAGCCUGGAGAAGGGGCCCCCAGAGGAUAAGGAAGCCAAGGAGCCCCUGUGGAUCCGGCCCGAUGCUCCGAGCAGGUGCACCUGGCAGCUGGGCCGGCCUGCCUCCGAGUCCCCGCAUCACCACACUGCCCCGGCAAAAUCUCCAAAAAUCUUGCCAGAUAUUCUGAAGAAAAUCGGGGACACCCCUAUGGUCAGAAUCAACAAGAUUGGGAAGAAGUUCGGCCUGAAGUGUGAGCUCCUGGCCAAGUGUGAGUUCUUCAACGCGGGCGGGAGCGUGAAGGACCGCAUCAGCCUGCGGAUGAUUGAGGAUGCUGAGCGCGACGGGACGCUGAAGCCCGGGGACACGAUUAUCGAGCCGACAUCCGGGAACACCGGGAUUGGGCUGGCCCUGGCUGCGGCUGUGAGGGGCUAUCGCUGCAUCAUCGUGAUGCCAGAGAAGAUGAGCUCCGAGAAGGUGGACGUGCUGAGAGCACUGGGGGCUGAGAUUGUGAGGACGCCCACCAAUGCCAGGUUCGACUCCCCGGAGUCACACGUGGGGGUGGCCUGGCGGCUGAAGAACGAAAUCCCCAAUUCUCACAUCCUAGACCAGUACCGCAACGCCAGCAACCCCCUGGCUCACUACGACACCACCGCUGAUGAGAUCCUGCAGCAGUGUGAGGGGAAGCUGGACAUGCUGGUGGCUUCAGUAGGCACAGGCGGCACCAUCACGGGCAUUGCCAGGAAGCUGAAGGAGAAGUGUCCUGGAUGCAGGAUCAUCGGGGUGGAUCCCGAAGGGUCCAUCCUCGCGGAGCCAGAGGAGCUGAACCAGACAGAGCAGACAACCUAUGAGGUGGAAGGGAUCGGCUACGACUUCAUCCCCACGGUGCUGGACAGGACGGUGGUGGACAAGUGGUUCAAGAGCAACGACGAGGAGGCGUUCACCUUUGCCCGCAUGCUGAUCGCGCAAGAGGGGCUGCUGUGUGGUGGCAGUGCCGGCAGCACGGUGGCGGUGGCUGUGAAGGCCGCGCAGGAGCUGCAGGAGGGCCAGCGCUGCGUGGUCAUUCUGCCUGACUCAGUGCGGAACUACAUGACCAAGUUCCUGAGCGACAGGUGGAUGCUGCAGAAGGGCUUUCUGAAGGAGGAGGACCUCACGGAGAAGAAGCCCUGGUGGUGGCACCUCCGAGUUCAGGAGCUGAGCCUGUCAGCCCCACUGACCGUGCUCCCGACCGUCACCUGUGAGCACACCAUCGAGAUCCUCCGGGAGAAGGGCUUCGACCAGGCGCCCGUGGUGGACGAGGCGGGGGUAAUCCUGGGAAUGGUGACGCUUGGGAACAUGCUGUCGUCCCUGCUUGCCGGGAAGGUGCAGCCAUCAGACCAAGUUGGCAAAGUCAUCUACAAGCAGUUCAAACAGAUCCGCCUCACGGACACGCUGGGCAGGCUCUCGCACAUCCUGGAGAUGGACCACUUCGCCCUGGUGGUGCACGAGCAGAUCCAGUCGCAGGACCAGGCCUGGGCAGGCGUGGUGGGGGGGCCUGCAGGUAGGUAUCACCCACCCCUCAGAAUGGCUCUCAGGCUCAGAGUCACAGCCUCCCCACGGCAAAUGGAGGCCUUUCAGGGUCCUGGACCCACCCCCGAGCUUGGGUAGGAGGGUUCCCCCUCUUAAUCUCAUAUUUACUUGUGUUUGAACAUCUCAGAAAAAAAAAAAAAAAAGGUGCAAAUUCCAAUGUCAGGGUCCCCAAAUCAAGUCUUCCUGGAGCAUGUCCAUGCUUGUCACCACUUUCUGUGGCUGCUUUCGAGCACUUCGGGGCUGCAUGCUCAUAACAGAGACGGCACGGCCCCCAAGACCUAAAAUACCACCAACUGGCCCUUGUCGAAAAGUCCCCUGGCCAGCCCUGGUUCACUGCCUCAGGGCCGGGCUGCCAGGGCCGCAGAAGCCUGCAGCACUCAGGGCUCCCAGGGCUCCCUUCUCCAACAGUUGCUGUGCCUCGGUUUCCCUGAAACGCAAGGAGCUGAUCUCAUCUGGGUUCCCUAUGUUUUCCUGGGGCUCUAAGUGGGCCACCCCAAGGGACCUCUGCCAACAAAGAGAGGAGUGACAGCCGUGGCGGAGGGGGGACGGGCUCCGAGGGCUCUGCCUCAAUGUUCCUCACCCCCACCCUGCUCACCCCUCUGUGCGUCAUGACAGCUGGUGUAGGGUCCCGUGGAGACACAGGACCAAGAGGAUAUGUGGGGAGUGGGGAGAGAGGGGGAACGAGAUCUGUGUUAAGGAACUGGAUCAUGAGAUCACGGAGGCUGACAAACCCUGAGAUCUGCAGGGUGAGGCGGCAGGCAGGAGACUGGAGAGCCAGCAGUUCAAGCCCCAAGGCAGGAAAUUCCACCUUUGGUUCUAUGCGGGCCUUCAACUGCUUGGGUGAGGCCCUCCACAGUAGCACACGUUAUCUGCCUCUUGACUCUUGUGCUAAUCCAGAAUCCCCUCACACAUGCGCAGAACGAUGUGUGACCAACGCCUGGGCUCCCACGGCCCCGUUAAUCUGUAUUAAAAUUAACCAUCACAACAGCCCUGUCUGGGUAUGUGGCAUGGGAGCCUGGGCCAGCAUUAACACCGAGUCCACGCUUGCCAGGAGAAAGCAAGUAGGGGUGAAGACCGAAUCAGGCCAGAGAUGGAAGCUGUGUGCUGCCCGUGGUGGCGAGGGGUUUUUGUCUGUUUUUAGAGACAGGCUCUUGCUCUGUUGCCGACUGGAGUGCAGUGGUGCCAUCAUAGCUCGCUGCAGCCUCGACCUCCUGUGCUCAACUCAUCCUUCUGCCUCAGUCUCCCAAGUAUGUGGAACCACAAGCAUGUGCCACCAUGCUCGACUAAUUUAUUUUUAAAAAUAUUCUGCAGAGACGGGGUCUCAAUAUCUUGCCCAGGCUGGUCCCAGACUUCCAGGCUUAAAUGAUCCUCCCACCUUGUCCUCCCACAGUGCUGGGAUCACAGGUGUGAGCCAGUGAGCCACUGUGCCCUGUAAGCGGGUUUGAAUUUCAUGCCCACACCGGCUCUGAAGUCAUGAGCGCCUCAGCUCAGCCGGUGGGCCAGGGAAAGGUGCGUCCUGACCUGCGGUGGGUGGAGCCUGGCCUGGAGCCCGUGGGGCUCGUGCGGUGGGUGGAGCCUGGCGUGGGGCUCGUGCGGUGGGUGGAGCCUGGCCUGGGGCCCGUGGGGCUCAUGUGGUGGGUGCAGCCUGGUCUGGGGCCCGUGGGGCUCGUGCGGUGGGUGGAGCCUGGUCUGGGGCCCGUGGGGCUCAUGUGGUGGGUGGAGCCUGGUGUGGGGCUCGUGCGGUGGGUGGAGCCUGGCCUGGGGCCCGUGGGGCUCAUGUGGUGGGUGGAGCCUGGCCUGGGGCCCGUGGGGCUCAUGUGGUGGGUGGAGCCUGGUCUGGGGCCCGUGGGGCUCAUGUGGUGGGUGGAGCCUGGUCUGGGGCCCGUGGGGCUCGUGCGGUGGGUGGAGCCUGGUCUGGGGCCCGUGGGGCUCGUGCGGUGGGUGGAGCCUGGUCUGGGGCCCGUGGGGCUCGUGCGGUGGGUGGAGCCUGGUCUGGGGCCCGUGGGGCUCGUGCGGUGGGUGGAGCCUGGCCUUGGGGCUCAUGGGGCUCAUAUCAGAAGAACACUGGCUUGGCGAGGCACAGUGGCUCACACCUGUAAUCCCAGCACUUUGGGAGCCGAGGCAAGCGAAUCACUUGAGGUCAGGAGUUCGACGCCAGCCUGGCCAACGUGGCAAAACCCCAUCUCUACUAAAAAUACAAAAAUUAGCUGGGUGUGGUGAUGUGCACCUGAAGUCCCAGCUACUCGGGAGUCUGAGGCACGAGAAUCACUUGAACCCAGGAGGUGGAGGUUGCAGUGAGCCAAGACUGCACCACUGCACUCCAGCCUGGGGGACAGAGUGAGGCCCUGUCUCAGAAAAAAAAAAAAAGGAACACAGCCUUGGCCGCUGGGCCCUCAUGGUGCCCCAGGCCCUCAGGAGCCUCCUGCCCCGCGGCAGCCCGCCCAGCCUCCCACGGCGCCUGCAAACCCGCUGCCUCGUUCUCC